GAGCACGUGGCCUGUUUUGAUGAAGCCUAAAUCCAUCCAAGUGUUGAUCAUAAGGUUGUUUGUGAUCAGUGUGCUUGAAACCGGAGACCUCCCCGUCCUAAUUAUAGAGGCGGCAGCUCUCUGUCUCCCUCCAGCGGCAGACAUCGUGCACGCCACUGAGUGUGGCGCACAACAUGGAGCGCCACUGACUGCGAGGUAACGGGACUUCUUGAUUUGAACUCGCCACCUCGUCCAACCGCAGGAAGCGGAGGAUGCAUUGUGUUUCAGCUCAUCCAGAUGGUCGUCUAUGCGGCGGUUUGAGGUGAAAAGGGACGCGUUGUUGUCUUGAGGUAACUGAGAGGAACCGUCUGGGACUUUGGUCAUAUGACCGGAGACAUUGAAGCAACGUAAACCUUGUUUAUUGUUUAUGUGAAGCAGCAUCAGAACCGUAGGGGAACAACGGGACGCCCCUUCCUGCUGCAUCACCAACCAGAUGCACAAGUUUGGCCGCAGAUCUUUUGCAAAAGUAAAACCAUUUUUGCACGGGUCGGAGAUAGCUCGUUUCCUGUCUUGUCCCCAGACCUGCCCAGUUUUACUAACUCUCUAACUCGCAAAGUACCAUGUCCGCCCAGCCGACAUGUCUGAGCCACCACGAGAGAAGAUGCCAUCGCCGAGGACUCUGCGGGAGUGGUGCCGCGUCACGUGCGCCUCUUACCCCAACGUGGACAUGAAGGACAUGUCCACCUCGUUCAGAGAUGGACUCGCCUUCUGUGCCAUCAUCCACAAGCACCGACCCGACCUGAUAGAUUUCAGCUCCCUCUCCAAAGAUAAUGUUUAUCAAAAUAACAAACUGGCGUUUCAAGUUGCCGAAACCAAGCUGGGCAUCCCUGCACUGUUGGACCCGAAGGAAAUGGUUUCCACCAGGGUGCCUGACUGUUUGAGCAUCAUCACCUACCUCUCACAGUACUACGACGUUUUCAACAGGAAGUCCCGUGGUCCUGCUGGUUUGAGGUCAUCACAUGCCACAGUCCUAAACAGUCUCACCAAGUGUAAAACUCCUGAUGGUCUGAAACCCCUGAAGAGCUCGACUCAUCUGGAAACCAAUCGCUUGUCCGCCACGAGGCCGAGGGCGGUGUGCAGUCUGUGUUUGAAGCCCGUCCACCUUAUACAGAGACAUUUGAUCGACGGGAAGGUCUACCAUCGCAGCUGUUUUAGGUGCAAAGUGUGCCACAGCACCCUUUUACCAGAGUCUUACACACAGGGAAGUGAUGCUGGUUCCUUGGUCUGCACCUACCAUGUAACAGACCUGAAAACUACUCGUAUUGACCUCAAACCGCAAAUUGAAUCUCCUGAGAGUCGUCCCAAAUGUAGCUUCCAGGCAGGCUGUUUCCCUCUCGGUGGUUUGGCGAUCACUGACAUCCCUCGUCCCACUAAGCAAACAGAGUCACGGGAUCGACCGGUUUGUGAAACAGCAGAGAGAGAGGUGAGAGAGGUGAAAGACACAGAAAACAGAGACCCAGCUGUAGGACUGAAGAGCAUGUUAAAGAAGCCAGCGCCUCCGUAUCCUCCCCGACCCAGUCAUGAAGACAGGACAGCCAAAAGAGCUGGAAAAGCUGCACCUUCUCCCGUUCUAGCAGAUGACAAGACACAACAGGAAGCGGCAAAGGUUCAACAGCCGCCUGAGGUCGCCUCGUCGCGUGAUCGAGUCGCAGAGGGAAGUGGUCGGCUCCUACCAGCACCCAGGCGAAUGUUAAACUCCUCUGUGGCCCCUGUUCCUGCGCCCAGGACCAAACCCCCCCAGACAGCAAACAGCUCCCCUGCUGCAGGUGAUUCAUCCCACCAAAGUAAAUCCCCCCGCAGCUCAUCAAGCAUCACCAGCCCAACCAGGGGUAACCCUAAUGUGAAAACCAACCAUCCGUGGAUGACCAUCGUCCAUCCGGGACCUUGGACACAGUUGCCGCCCGCUCCGGCCCCAGUACCCACUCCUCGAUCCAAAUCUGUCUCUAGACUGCGGGGGUCCAGGUACAGACCCAAAGUGCCCCCUCCCAAUCCUUUUGAAGAGCACGUGGACGAGGCAGUGAAAUCCGAGUCUACAGACCAGACAAAGUCGUCAGUGGAAGCUGGUCGUUCAGAGAAUGCGUGCUGUCUGGCAAGUCUAUCAGGAGACUCAGAGGUUGCUGUUGGGUCAAGUGAUGCAGAAACGACUGCCAUUGGAUUUGAUGACCAAAAUGCAAAACCACUGGAUAAACCCACUCCAGCUAAGAGACCAGAUUACAAAGAGGCUGAUGGAACUACAACGCCUGACCCAGCAGAGGGAGUGAGUGCAGUUCCUAUCACAGUGGGGACUUCCAGUCAAAUCGGUUCGCCACUUUGGGAUGUAAACGGAGGCCCGAGUGGCUCGCUGCCGGACGUGACUGAAGCAGCUGCAGGGCAACACGUCGCCCCAGAUGAGGAACAAAGUCACUUUUUACCCAGAAGCCUUUCCGUGCCAGUCAUCUCCUAUGUCCACUCUCGAGGUUCCUCAGUGCCCGACGGUCUCACAGGGAUAAAUGAAUCUGUAACAUCGUGCCAAAGUAAGCCGGCCUGCAGAGAGAAUCCUUUUGAUCGAACACCCACGAUGACCAAAUCAAAGACUUUGCAGGUCUUACCAUCUAGACGGGCCCCUGCCCCUGGACAUGGAUUCCCACUCAUCAAAAGGAAGGUGCAGACGGAUCAGAAUCUUUCGACAGACGAGCUGCAGACGGAGAUGGGAGAGCUAGAGAAACGUCUGGAGGUGCUGCAGCAACGAGGAGUCCAACUGGAAAGUAAUCUGAGAGACUGCAAGAACGAUAGAGACGAAGAACAAAUGCUGAUGGAGUGGUUCUCUCUUCUCCACGAGAGACAAGUGCUGGUGCGCAGAGAUACAGAACUUGUUUAUCUGACAAAGCAGCAGAAGUUGGAGGAGAGACAAGCAGAUGUGGAGUAUGAGCUCCGAUGUCUCCUGAAUAAACCUGAGAAGGACUGGAAUCAAGAGGAUCGAGGACAAGAGCAACAGCUGAUGGACGAGCUGGUCGCCAUCAUCGAACAGAGGAACCAGAUCAUCAGCAGCUUGGAUCAGGACAGGCAGAGGGAAAGAGAAGAAGAUGGGCUUUCGAAAGCCUCAAUGAAGAAAAAAGAGUUCCAGAAAGACAGACUACAAGAGCUGAAGAAGUCAAAAGGAAAGUUCAAGGCCACAAACGUAUUUAAGAUGCUGAACCAUAAAGCAGAGAGCACCAAGUACUUCAUGGAGAAAAAGAGCUGACGUGACAUGCAAAAAUGUUGCACAAUUAAAACAUUCUCUUGAAAAACAAACUCAUCUAUGCUUUUAGAUAACAAAUGUGUUUAUUUAUUUUUACCACAGAUGGUGAUCAUCACAUGAAAAGACCAUAGUAAUGACACAAAGAGUAUCUCAGUAGCAUAGAGAAAGGGAGAUAUGAUUUUCUCUGUGCAAAUGAUUCAGUGUUAUCAGUGUAUAUUUUCUCUUCCAUGUUUCUUUACUUGCCCGAUCUGCUGUACGCAACCAAUAUUUAUGUAUCUUAAUUGUAUUACAUACUUGUAUGCAAUAAAUAUUUAUGUAGGAAAGCUU